UCUCUCUCUCUCCCUCUCCCUCCUUCCCUGUGAAGUCGGGGCUUUCUUUACCUGCCGCUUCCGCUCCCCUGAGAGGCAGGCGCUUCGCCUUGGAGGAGGGAGAGCGCAGGGGCUUCGCUCCUCUUGGGAAGAGGAGGAAGAGGCGGAAAGGGGCCCCAAAGCGGAGCCCAACCCGACCCCGCUCCAAGGGCCCCUUGGCCCCUCCCGGCCUCCCCCUCGCCUCGCUCCCAAUGGCUUCUCCCAACAGAGACCCUCUGCUUCAAGAACAGGAAGCUAAAGAACCAGUAGAAGAUACUGAUCCUAGCACUUUAUCCUCAGAAGAAUUUUUUGGAGAGACAGAAAAGUACCCAGUUCAAGAUACAGCAUUACCCAAAGAUGAAGAGUACCAAACAGAAAAAGUGACCUUGGAAAUAGCGUCUGUCAACAUUAGGAGCCUAACGUCAGAUUCGGGCCUGAUACAACAGCCAGAAGAAGAUGAUGACAGUCAAAGCAGUACUGGUGAAUCACCUACAGCUGUGAAGAAAUCCUGUACAGAAAAUGGCACCUGCUCCAUAUGUCUGUCUCACCAACCAACCAUCAGUGACUUGCUCAAUGAUGAGGACUUGCUAUAUAUGAUGAGGAUCAAGUUGGAUCCAUCGCACCCAACAGUGAAAAACUGGAGAAAUUUUGCAAGCAAAUGGGGAAUGACCUAUGAUGAAUUGUGUUUCCUGGAACAGAAACCACAAAGUCCCACCCUGGAGUUUUUGCUACGGAACAGUGACAGAACUGUGGAACAGCUGGUAGAACUCUGUAAAUUAUAUCAAAGGGUUGAUAUUGAGAAGCUGUUGCUGAAGUGGGUGGAGAAAGAAUGGCCAAAGAGAGGUCAUGGAACCUAUCAGAAUAAUUUCUAAGAGAGCAAACUUUCUAUGGCAGAAAACAGAGAGGCUUGUUUUACUUUGCCACUGAUAUGUGUAAGGAGCUUUUCCUUGCUGGUGAAAUGAGACACAAGUUCAUUUUAACAACAUAAAACUGUUUCAUAUAUCUGCAUACCUAGCCUUUGUAGUUACAAAGAUUAUUCUUAAAUGUUAAUCACUUUGAUGUCUAAUUCAGGUAUCUUCCAUCUGUUAUAUGGAAAGCAUAGAUAAUUUGGAGUAAAGCCAGAAGAAUCACAGUCACAAAACAGGGUCUAGUCGCAAAAUCAAACUCAUAAAACAGGGCUUAGCCCGUCUGUCCAAGCUGUUACUUCUUUUUCACAAAUGUUGCUCGUAAUUCUCGUAACUGUAUUUUUUCACAAAGGGUGAAAUUGAAGUGAGGGUGGAAGUUUGGAUUCUUCUUUUUAAAAUGAAUUCAGCUUUGCGAUUGUGUCCUAGCCCACCCUUGAAAGAUUAGUUCUGCUCACCAUCAGUGAAAGGAAGCAGGGCAGAAUUAAUCUCGUAGAUCAGUGGUUCUCAACCUGUGGGUCCCCAGAUGUUUUGGCCUUCAACUCCCAGAAAUCCUAACAGUUGGUAAACUGGUUGGGAUUUCUGGGAGUUCUAGGCCAAAAAACCCCGGGGACCCACAGAUUGAGAACCACUGUGGUAGAUCCUCAUAUGCUUGCAUCAAAAUUUGCCAUUUUAACAUGGAGAUAUUUUUAUGUACAGAUUUAGGUGGACAGACAAUGUACUUCUCAGUAACCUAACACAAGAUUGCCAAGGCCUAGCAUGGAAUUAGUAGGCAUCUCCCAAGACGAUCAGACCACCACAGGACUGCUAACCUCCAGAGUCCUCAGUCUCGCUAUUCCCUCUUAUUCCUAUUUACGUUUGCCUGCCAUGUCUGCAUGAAUCAACAGACGUGGAGAUGAGGAUAAGGAACUCACCUUAUUCUCCCUCUCUUCCUUGCCAAGAAAAAUAAUGCAAAUCAAUGUCAGCAACAACAGUAAUAACAAGGAAAUAGGUCUACACACGGAGGAAGGCUUUUUUACAGCAGGAUGCUGGAGCUCAGUGAUACUUAAUUUUGGAGGGGGCAGACAAGGUCAUGGACUUAUUUGAUUUUUUUUCCAUGUUAGGAGCGACUUGAGAAACUGUAAGUAACUUCUUGUGUGAGAUAAUUGUCCAUCUGCAAGGACAUUGUUCAAGGGAUGUCCGAAUGUUUUGAUGAUUUGCCAUCUUUGUGGGAGGCUUCUCCCAUGUCCCCACAUGGGGAGCUGGAGGUGACAGAUGGAGCUCAUCCACACUCUCCCCGGAUUUGAACCUCGAACCUGUCUUAUUUGAUGAGAAUUACUUAUUUGAUGAAAAUUAGCUAUUUGUUUCUAGCACGAUGGUGGUAGUGAUGUGCUUCAUGACUAUGUUCAGCCUACAAUUGUUUGGACAAAAUCCGUUUCUUGAUCACAUAAUCUGAUGUUUAAAUGUGUAUUUUUUAAAACAAAAAUAGCAAUAACAAAUUGAAAGAAAGAAAGAAAGAAAAAAGUACUAUUUGUAUGUUUGGUUCAUAGAUUCUCUUAAUGCAUCAAUCAACCCUUGGUUAAGAAUCCUUGCUGUCGUUGAUAAUUAAGAUGACCCAGUGCCUUUCAGCUUUGUUUUUGUCACUGAGUAGAUGACAUAGAAAAAUCCUCCCUCUCUCUUUCUUUUUUUUGCUGUUGCUUUUAAAAGCUAUGAUCAUCAAAUGCAUUUCCUUGACUUCAGGUUGGCUUUUGUUCAACUACCUUCAGAGUAUUAGGUGUCAUUCAGAUCUUUCAAGUUCUGGCCUGCUUAAAUAAAACGACCCUGAUUUUUCAAUGUUUGGAGCAGCUUCUGUGUUUUAGUAAAUUAACAGAGAAAUUGUUAUAAACUACAUAGUAAUUACCUGAGUUUGUGUCACAUGAACCACCACCUUGAGGGCACACAAUCCUGAAUUGUGAUUAGAAGAAAUCAAAUACUUAGUUCACAAAGAAUGAUCAAGGGCUAGUGUUUGAUUGUUCCUAAAUAUUCGGGUUUGCCAGAGUCUCUGUGAUUUCAGAUAUUUUAGUUGCUUUGAAUUAAUUCCUAAACUCCUAAUUUAGGAGUGAUUACCUUAAUUGGAACUGCUCAUUCCCUGUGGCAAACAGAAGAUACGUUCUAACAUGUUCUGAGAGACAGUUUGAGAAUGAAUGCUUGAGCAGGCUGUUACAAAACACUUAGACUUAUAAUGUUAUUGUAACAAUGAUGACAGAUCUAUUAGUAAACUUUAUUGAUACUUCUGAGCUAUUUUUGUUGUUGCAGAAAUUAACUUUGAAAUUAAUUAGAAUGACUUGGCUCAGUGAGUAUGCAUUGAUUCGUGCAGCGUGGCACAAUGGUGGGCACCCUGCCAACAGAAAGACUAAAAUCAUAGCACCAGUUGAUUCGGCUGCUGAUCACUACAAAUGGGAAUGGGAACAAGAGUAUUUGAUGAAAUAAAAUUGAAAUUGUUCAUUGUAUAUGUGCUUCAGAGGAGGUAUUUUGAAGGCUGAAGGAUUAAAUUAAUUUAUUUCCUUACCAAGUUUUCUUAUUGGGACUAGGGAAAAAUCAUGCUCAUGAUAAAUGUCAUUUGAAGAUGUGUGCAGCUAACGUCUUUAAAAUUCCUCUAAAAGUCAUAGUAAAUUAUAUCUCCAAAAAGAAGAA